GCAUUGCUGCAGUCUCUGGCUCAGGGCGACCUGAUGCCAUGUGGCCGCCUGCCUGCCUGCGGGAUUCUUUCCUUCUAUCAGUUUAGAAGUGCGCUAUAAAUGAGGAGAAGACGUUUUGCUACUGAGCCAAUGUUCGCGUGCGAUGCGGCUCUGCCCGUAUUCACAUCGGCUCAGCCCUCAUCUUCACAGGGAGAAGGGCAGCUAUGAGGUUCUCCAUCAGUCUCAAAGGGAGCAGCAUCUGACUGACCGAUAAGCAGCAUUGUCCUGCAGACCAUGCCAGACUGUGUUGCUGUGGAGCUAAACCCCAAAGCUGAGGGUGACGUAACGCAGAUAAAAAGCAUGCUGAGUGACUUGGCAAGCCUGGCUGAACUUCAUUAAGAAGAUGAGGCAGGCAGUGACCGCCACUCUCUCUGUGUGGGGAGAGAGACGCUUCGGUUACUCCACGCUCAAGGACUCCAGGGAGGCGCUGCUGGAUGAGGGCUGGCUCAUGCCUGGCCUGAAGGAGGACUCUGUGGUAGAGGAGAAGGAGCUGGCCGACAGCGAGCAGGAGCAGACAGAUGCUGUGCCAGGAAGCGCACCGUCUGCUCUCGAGGACGCCCGGACCCAGGGUGACCCAGGCCGGCCCGAGACGGACACGCUGUCCUCUGCCCACGAGUCUGAGUCACCCACAGCCCGCAGAGCCAGUGUGAAUGUGACUGGCCCAGAGAGUGGAGUGUCCUAUGUAAGGAGGGGGUCUCUUGGUGGCCUCCCUGUGCAGCGCUGCAGCUCUCUUGGCUCCACGGCCCCUCAGUGGGUCCCUGACUCUCAGGCUCCGGCGUGUAUGAAAUGUGGCUCCAGAUUCUCCUUCACGAGGAGGAGGCACCACUGCAGAGCCUGCGGGAAGGUGUUCUGUGUGGUGUGCUGUGACUUGAGGUUCAGGUUAACACACCUGGGUGGAAAAGAGGGGCGUGUCUGUGUCACCUGUCACUCGACUCUCAUUAACAGAACCCUUCGCAAGGAACAAAAGAAAGUUUGGUUUGCUGACAGCGUUCAACCCAGAAACGAGUCUUCCAGUGCCAACACUACUCCAACUCACUGUGAUCCAGUCCAGACGCACAGUCCAGCAGUAGCUCAAGUGAUGUCAACAGACCCGUCUGAGAUGCCAAACUCACCUUGUUUGGAAAGAGAGGAAAUUGUUAACAGUCCUAAAGGAAACUCAGCUAAGCCCUUACCACAGAAAGGACUUCCUCCAAUCCUAACAUCUACAGGGGUUAAAGGAGAUUACACAGUGGAGGAGAAACGGACAGAGUCUUCGCUACUGGAGGAGUUGGAGCAAGGUCAUACAGAACCGCUGGUCUUCGUCCUCAAUGCCAACCUUCUGGCCAUGGUGAAGAUUGUCAGCUAUGUGAAUAGGAGGUGCUGGUGUGUCACAUCUAAGGGGAUGCAUGCUGUUGGUCAGCCAGAAGUGGUUGUACUGUUGCAGUGUUUGCCUGAAGAGAAGAGAUUCCCAACAGACAUCUUCAGCCACUUCAUUCAGAUCUACUGGGAUGCACAAACAGCAGGAAAGUUCUUGAAUCACUUGAGUCACUCUCUGGCGGUGAGAGGGUUCCUGGGCAGUAAGGAGCAUGCUGGCUUUCUCUACGUGCGUCCCACGUUCCAGUCUCUGGACGGUCUGCCACUGCCCCCCCAGCCCUUCGUAUUCGGCUUGCUGAUCCUCCGGGCUGAGAGUCCUUGGGCCAGAGCUUUCCCCCUACGCCUCAUGCUGCGUUUGGGUGCUGAGUAUCGAUUCUAUCCCUGUCCUCUGUUCAGUGUGCGCUUCAGAGAGCCACUCUUUGGCCAGAUUAACAACAGCAUCAUGAGACUUCUGGUGGACUUCCGCUUCUACCGUUACACGUUGCCAGUAGUGACGGGUCUGAUGGUUGACUUGGAGGCGCGGAGCACGUGCAUCACAAUCCCUAAAGCUCGCCAUGCAGAGCUGCUGAAGGCGCUGAAUAAGUCGAACGAGAGAGUGCUGGCUAUGGGAGCUUGUUUUAACGAGCGUGCCGACUCCCACCUCAUCUGUGUGCAGACUGCAGAUGGACAGUACCAGACACAGGCAAUCAGUAUCCACAGCCAGCCACGCAGAGUUACAGGCUCCUGCUUUUUUGUGUUUAGUGGAGCCCUGAAAGUCUCAUCAGGAUACCUGGCAAAGUCCAGCAUCGUUGAAGAUGGCUUGAUGGUGCAAGUAACUAUGGAAACCAUGCUCGAGCUACGGCGAGCGCUUCGUGACAUGAGAGACUUUACCCUCACCUGUGGCAAACUGCAACAAUCAGACAGACAUGAGUAUGUGCACAUUCAGUGGCAAGAUGAAGAACCUCGCUUCAACAAGGGCAUAACCAGCCCCAUUGAUGGGAAAUCUAUGGAAUCAAUUACUUGUCUGAAGACACAUCAGCGGUUAGAGUAUCGAGCGAAUGGAAAGGUCAUACGUUGGACGGAGGUGUUCUUUCUUCAGAGAGAGGAGCAGUCAGGUGGGCCAAACGCUAAUGGCAACCAUAACCGCCUGACGGAACGGCUGGCACGGGCUUUCUGCCUGGCAUUGUGCCAGUCUUUGAGUCUGCUAAAGGAGGAUGGCAUGACCAAACUAGCAUUGCGAGUCACGCUAGAUGGGCAGAAGAUGGAGUUUCUAGCAGGCAGUAAUGCUCAGCCUCUGCCGCUAUGUUACCACGACAGUCUCAACCAGUCGUUAACAGCCGUUGUACAGAGUGUCUCUCAGCGCCAAGGACACACUGCCCUGCAGCUAGAGCUCAUUUUCUACAUCCUGGAGGAUAUAUCCUAGAGAACACCCUGACAAAACUUCACCACGCUACCAUCUGUAUGAUCAUUCGCAGCUGGACAAAAUGGAAGACAUACUGUGCCUAAAGGCAUAAUCCAAACCCCACCCUAAACCUCUGUCUCACUUUGUAGGUGACUGGAAAAAGUCACAAUGGCAGAUUUACAUUAGCAGCCUUCAUGUAAUACAAAACACAGUCUCCAUAUCUCUGCUGUAGAUCCUCUAGUCAUAGACUCAAGCCAGUGGAUUUAUUUCAAAAUGAAUCAUGUUAAAUUAUGUCACCAGCAGCAACUGUUCAGCUAUUAAGUAGCAUUAUCUGUACGUUUAGGGUGUCAAAUGCAGUUUUUGAAAUGGACUUUGGCAUAAAAUUAAUAUGCAUGUUGUGCAAACCACUUCAAAAAAUGAGCAAAAGAAUCAGAAAUUAACUAAAUUAUAAUUAGCAUGACCUAAAACUGGAGCAUUUUUUAACAGUGAUUAUUUUGCUUCCAUGGAUAGAGCUCAUUAUAUAUUUAUGUUGAUCCUGGUUUGCACAUAAUCAGGUACCUUCCCUGUGUGCCACUAUACAAAUACCAUUGACGUCUGUGGCUGUAUAAACAUCAGGCUUAACUCUUAAUGUUCCACUUGAAAUGGAACGGAUGGGUGUGGUCUGACCUCUGCCCUACUUUCUUCUGUUCUAAAAAGAAGCUGAAAAGCUGCUAAACGUAUGAAGUACUAAAUGAUAUCAUAAUUUUUUCAUAUCCACGUAAACAGACUGUUUCUUUCUCUUUGCCUGUCUGUACCCAUUGACCCUACUCUCUGGUUUCGUCUUGCUUUCACUCACACUCGCACACACAACGUAGGAUGCAUGCUGAACUACCAGCUGCGUAUUAGAUUCUACGUUGCCCCAGAGGAGGAGAAUGGAAGUCUUGUUUACAUCCUACAUGCUUGACAUAACUGAGAUUACAGAGACAACACAAAGCAUGCAGUGGGGACACACUGGCAGAAACAAAAGGGAUAUUGCUCAACCGAUUUAAAAGUAACAGCUCUUGCUGCAUUGAACCACCAUAACCAGCAGUACAUAGCAAGCAAAACCAUUGUUCAACAUGGAGUUGAAAGGAUUGCAAAAUGAUGUAUGUUACACUUAGGACGUGUGGAGGUGUUAAGCAAAUAUGCUAAUAAAUUCAAGAAAACAGUAGCCAAUAAAUAUUCAUAUGGUCCCAUUUUAAAAUGGAAUUUAUUUGAAGUUCAAGUCAAUAUACUUGAGUAACAAAAAUGUAGAACCCUACAGUAUCAAUCCCAUUAGUUUGAUGGUAAACCUACAGUAUUUACAGUUGGAGCUCAAGUUGACUUGGAGAACUGUACAGUGCCAUUUGCCACUGGGGAGUCUGAGUGAGCAUGGAGAGGGGGGUGGGUAAGGAGUGCAUUCAUUCUGCAUGUGAAAAGGCGAGCAACAUCAGUGAAGAUUAUAUACAGUCAACAUCUCUGCUCUUCUCUUCAUAUAUUGUGCUCAAUAUUUAUUUUCUUUAGAUUAACCAUUAAAA